AUGCGCAUCCGCAAUCCAUCGCGCAGAGCAUUCGCAAGCCACAGUCGAGGGCAAAAAAUCCUCGGCGUAGACUAUGGCAAGCAGAUCGCGAACCUUGAUCUGCUGAAACAGCGAUCGCGACGUCGUCCAUUGACAUUGACCGAAAAAUUACUCUACAGCCAUUUAAUCCUGGGCGACAAAACCACCUGGAGUCUGGAUGAGGUUGAGCGCGGCAAGACCAUCCUGGAGCUGCGCCCUGAUCGCAUCGCGUGUCACGAUGCCACUGCGACCAUGGCCCUGCUGCAAUUCAUCAGCGCAGGUCUUCCGCGCGUCAUGGCGCCAACGACCGUCCAUAGUGACCAUCUGAUUGUUUCCGAGAAGGGCGCGGAGGAGGACCUGCGGCGCGCGAAAACCGAGCACUCGGAGGUUUAUGACUUCUUGAGUAGUGCGUCGAGGAAGUAUGGGAUUGGGUUUUGGAAGCCAGGGUCGGGGAUUAUUCAUACGGUGAUUUUUGAGAAUUAUGCGGUCCCCGGGGGACUGAUCAUCGGAACCGACUCGCACACUCCGAAUGCAGGCGGGAUGGGAAUGCUCGGGAUCGGAGUCGGUGGCUCAGACGCCGUGGAUGCCAUGUCCGGGAUGCCGUGGGAGCUCGUCGCGCCCAAGGUCGUCGGAGUCCGGCUCACCGGCCAUCUGCAGGGCUGGACAUCGACCAAGGAUAUCAUCUGCAAGCUGGCGGGGAUCCUGACCGUGUCCGGCGGCAAGGGACAGGUGAUUGAGUUCUUCGGCCCGGGCACACAAACGCUGGGAGCCACGGCCAUGGCGACCAUCUGUAACAUGUCUGCGGAGAUCGGAUCGACAUCCUGCAUCUUCCCGUACUCGGAGUCGAUGGCUCGAUACCUGGGGGCGACCAAGCGCGAGUAUGCGGCGCGCGCGGCGGGCAGCGUCAAGGACGUUCUCUUGACUGCGGACGAGGGCUCCGACAACUACUAUAACCAGGUCAUUGAGAUCGAUCUCAGCACGCUAGAACCGCACGUCAACGGGCCGUUCACGCCGGAUCUCGCGCACCCCAUCUCGCAGCUGAAGGCCGCUGCAGCGGCGAAAGACUGGCCCGGCGAACUGAGCCACGCGAUGGUGGGCAGCUGCACGAACAGCUCCUACGAGGACCUUGAUAAAACCAGACAACUUGUCGCGCAGGCGAAGGCCGCUGGUCUGGACAAGUUCAAGAUCCCAUUCCUGCUGACGCCCGGCAGCGAGCAGAUCCGCGCGACGGCCGAAGCAGACGGCAUCCUCGAGGAGCUGCGCGAUGCCGGCGCGACGGUGCUCAGCAGUUCGUGCGGUCCCUGCGUCGGGUCGUGGGACCGCAAAGACGUCGACGUCAAGGGCAAGGAAAAGAACUCGGUCAUCUCCAGCUUCAAUCGCAACUUCGUGGGCCGCCACGACAGCAACCCGGCGACUCAUUCGUUUGUGACCUCACCCGAGCUGGUCACGGCCUUUGCCUACUCCGGCCGGUUGGACUUCAACCCUCUCACCGACAGCAUCCCCGGCGCCACCAGCGAGGGAUUCCGAUUCACAGCACCGACGAGCCACGAGCUCCCAACCAGCUACGAACCAGGCCUCGACACAUUCCAAGACCCGCCAUCCGACGGAUCCUCGCUCUCCGUUGCUGUCGACCCCCAAUCCGACCGUCUUCAACUCCUCACCCCCUUCCCAGCCUGGGAACCCUCCUGCGCCACCAACAUGGAACUCCUCAUCAAAGUAUCCGGCAAAUGCACAACCGACCACAUCUCCCCAGCAGGACCAUGGUACAAGUACCGCGGGCACCUCGAAAACAUCAGCAACAACAUGCUCACCACCGCCACGAACGCCUUCCUGCCCCCAGGGCCCCAAAUGCUCGGGCACACCCACAACCCCAUCACCAACACCCUAGACGUCGUCCCCUCAGUCGCACGGGACCUCCAAAGCCGCCGAAUCCGCUGGUGUAUCGUCGGCGACCACAACUACGGCGAGGGCAGCUCGCGCGAACACGCGGCGCUGGAACCGCGCUUCCUCGGCGGCGUGGCGGUCAUUGCGCGCUCGUUUGCGCGCAUCCACGAAACGAACCUCAAGAAGCAGGGCAUGUUGCCGCUCACGUUCGCCGACGGGGCGGACUACGAGCGCAUUAAGCAGGGCGAUCGCAUCACGCUGCUUGGUGUGGAGGAGGGAGAGCUGCAGGCGGGCAAAUCGGUCACUAUGAGGGUUACUCCGAAGGAGGGGACGGUGUGGGAAGCGCGCUUAAAUCAUAGUUACCACGCGGGUCAGAUUAAGUGGCUGGGGGCAGGGAGUGCUCUAAACUAUAUUAAGUCGAAGGUUGGAGGUCAGUAA